AUGCCGCUACAGAAGUCGUUCUCUGAACGCGUCGGGACAGCCACAAACCGACAGCCAUGGCAUCGAUCCCAUAGCCACCCCGUCAGCUCGACAACGCUGAGGCCAAGGCCUCUACAGCCCGUGUCAGAGGUGACUAAGAAGAAGCUGAGCAAGUUUCAGUAUCAACCGCGUCCGGAUGAAUCGACAGGCGAAGAUGCCGACUUGGCGGCUGCCACGCCCCUGACUCGACUGAACUGGCGGGAUCUCGUGGAGCCGGACGCCCCUGCUGAGGACGAGACGAACACAUCUCCAAAUGAUAAGAUCAUGUGGAACAACAAGCAAGACUCGCUCUACGUCUCGGCACUCUCCCCCAUGAUGGCUCGCAAAAGGAAGCGUGCAAGAAGCUCGUCUCCGAUUUCGUCCCCGUCUGCGGACAAGCCGGAAACGCCGGCAAUCGAUGUUGGAAUGCUCAAAGAGGCUUUGAAGUCGUCCCGCGCCGAUCCAACUCUGGAACUGUGGGAUCGCUACUCUCUCAACGGACCCGAAAAUGCCGUCUCGCCGGCGGGUGCUGUGAAUCCGGUAUUGGAGCAGCUGAUGAUAUCAUCCCCGAAGCCUCUCAAAGACAUAUCGGCACCGCGGACCGAAGGGAACCUGCGGCGAGCCAUGAGUUGUGGCUUGGUCUGGCCCAAACGGCGAAAGAUGUCCAAGGUGGGGAGUCAAGGCGAGCAAAGAGAAUUGGAGGCUGCCUCAAAGUCUUCGCUGGUCACGGCGUUGCUUGACACGGCGACGUAUAACCUGCCCACGGAAAGCCCCCAGCAUAACGCGUCUCCGUCGCCGAAGAAAAGACGCCCGCGCCAGACAAAUUCUAGCUCUCCAUGCCGGGCUGCAAGUGGCGGUGGCGCCGAAAACAUUGCGUAUUCGGAUUACGGCGACGAUGACUUUGAUGAUGAUACUUUCAUGGAACUCGAGGCAACCAUCCAGAUCGCGGACCCGCCGAAAUCGUCGACCACGGUGACUCAGACAGGGCGAGAAUCGAGCGAGACGGGGCGACUCUCACGGGCGGAAAUAGACGAAUUCAAAGACCUCGACGACAGCAUCUUCGACCAAGCCAAUGGGCUUGCGAACAAUUCGGACCCCCCUAAACUAAAGCUCGAUCUAUUGCGAGGCGGCCCAACAGCUCCAGAAUCGAAGAACAAUGUUCAAGGAGAUCCAAGCGAUGAGUUCGAGGAUGAUUUCGAUGGCGAUAUCGACUUUGACGCUGUCGAGCUCGCAGCGACCCAGUCAGUGCAACAGCGGCCUCGUUCGGCCUCGACCUCGACGACAAAACGAUACUUAGUGACGACUGUUCUAGAGGGCGAAUACGUCGACCAGCACGGCCAGGCUCGCCCCGAAAAGGUUCUCGUCAUCCAAGCCGACGGCUCGAAAAUCGUCAGGACAGUGCAACUGAGAGGCUCUUGGUUCGACACGCCGGCUCACGCGGAGUCCUACGUCCAUGUCAUCGGCGCCUUUUCCGCAAAGGGGCAGUGCAUCGUCGAUGACGCGCAGAACCUUCUGAUCCUGCAUCCAGACCAGCUGGUCUCGGCAACUGUUGUCGCAGACUCGUUUAGCUGUACGCGUCGAGCCGUCCUCCAGGACAGAGUCAAAGCCACGGUCGAGGCUUCGCCCCCUCUUGUAUAUGGCACUAUGCUUCACGAGAUUUUCCAGGAAGCCCUUCUCGCUAACAAGUGGGACCUGGACUUUCUCGCCCAGGUGAUUGAGAGAAUAGCCGAGAAGCACGUCGAGGACUUGUACACCAUCAAAGUCGGAAUGGCCACCGCGAUAGAGCAUCUUCAGUCGAAGAUGACGGAGCUGAAGUACUGGGCCACAGCCUUUGUGUCUUCUGUGCCCAAGGCGGACGCGAUCAUCGAGGACCGGAACGGGAAAUCGGCGAAUGUGGCCAUCACGAAACUGCUCGACGUCGAAGAGCAUGUAUGGUCUCCAAUGUACGGACUAAAGGGGAACAUUGACGCGACGGUCGAGGCUGUCAUGCUGGACGGCAAGCAGCGCCGAACCGUGACAGUCCCCUUUGAAGUGAAAACAGGGAGGUUCGUGAGCAGCAGUCACAUGGCGCAGACGGCGCUGUAUACCCUGCUUCUCUCGGAUCGAUACGAUAUCGAUAUUGUCUGUGGAAUCCUCUACUACAUGGAGACAUCUAAGACGAUGCGAAUCCCCGCCGUGCGCCAUGAACUGCGACACAUGAUCAUGCAGCGGAACCAGCUGGCCUGCUACAUCCGAGAACGAAGCGUCCAGCUGCCUCCGAUGCUCAAGAAUAAACAAUUGUGCGGGAGGUGCUACGCCAAGGCGUCCUGCUUCACUUACCACCGGCUGGCGGAUGACGGUGAUGGGGAGUCGAGCGGCAUGCACGAAAAAUUCGAUGAGCUUGUCAAGCAUCUCACACCAACGCAUCAAGAGUUCUUCGUCAAAUGGGAGAACCUCCUCACUAAGGAAGAAAAGGACAACCAGAAGAUGAAGAGGGAACUGUGGACAAUGACGAGCGUUGAGCGGGAAAAGAAGUCUCGAUGCUUUGCCGACGUGGUCAUCGAAGAGGGAUCCGCCUCGGUCGACAGUCUCAACCCCCGGAUCAAUCGCUACCAUUACACUUUCAUCAAGCGGAUCCACCAGCCUGGAUUUUCCUUUUUAGAAUCCGAAUUGUCGGUGGGCGAGCCGAUCGUGGUUUCGGAUGAAGAGGGACAUUUUGCUCUCGCCAUCGGUUACGUGACUUCGGUCCGGAAGCAGAGGAUAAGCGUCGCAGUCGACAGACGGCUUCACAACGCUCGGAUUCGGCAGCCUGGCUUCGACGAGGCCGACAACCAGGUCUUUGCGAGCAUUAUGGAGGUGGCGCACAAAGGGGCGUCGACAGAUCAAACCCAGGGAAAGAUCAAGGAGCCGCCGGUGCGAUACCGUUUGGACAAGGACGAGUUCAGCAACGGCAUGGCCACGGUCAGGAACAACCUGUUGCAACUGAUGGCCAACGAAGUGCCUGCCGCGGCGCAGAUGCGGCGCUUGGUCGUCGACCUGGCUCCCCCUCGAUUCAAGGCGGUGCCCUCGCAGUACACAAUCGCGGAUCGCGAGAGCCUUAACAUUGACCAGCAAAAAGCCAUCGAGAAAGUCAUGAGCGCGCAGGACUAUGCGCUGGUGCUGGGCAUGCCGGGCACUGGAAAGACGACAACCAUCGCGCACAUCAUUCGCGCGCUGACGUCCCAGGGCAAGAGUGUGCUGCUCACGUCUCACACGCACACCGCCGUGGACAAUAUCCUCAUCAAGCUCAAGUCGGCUAAGAUCCCUAUUCUCCGUCUGGGGGCACCCGCCAAGGUCCAUCCCGAGGUGAAGGACUUUGUCCACCUUGCAGGGGAGCCGAAGAAGACGUUUGAGGCCAUCAAGGAGGCCUGGCACGGCACGCCCAUUGUCGCGACAACCUGCCUCGGCAUCAACCAUCCGGUAUUUUUGGAGCGCACGUUCGACUACUGCAUCGUGGACGAGGCGUCGCAAAUUACUUUGCCGAUCUGCGCCGGGCCUAUCCGGAUGGCGAGCUCGUUUGUUCUCGUGGGCGACCAUAACCAACUGCCCCCGGUAGUGAGAAACGAGGAGGCUCGAGAAGGGGGUCUCGACGUGAGCUUGUUCAAGCUCCUAUCAGACACACAUCCCGAGUCUGUCGUGAACCUCGCGCACCAGUAUCGCAUGUGCGAAGACAUCAUGACGCUGAGCAACACCUUGAUCUACGAAGGAAAACUCCGCUGCGGAUAUGACGCGCUGCGUCAUCGCAAGCUGCACGUCCCAAGCCUGGGUGCCCUCAGGCACGUCCACUACGACGCAGCAUCCCUGUCCGGGCCGGGGACGCCUCGGUCCAUUUGCACGGGGCCCGCGCCGUCACGAUGCUGGCUGUACGACCUUGUCGACAGCGAGGCGCGGGUGCGCUUCGUCAACACGGACACGAUCCGGCCCAUGGUCCGCGAAGAGGCCCAGGGCAAGCGCAUCGUCAACUCGGCAGAGGUGCGCAUCGUGGCGCAGCUGGUCGAGAGCCUGCUCGCCGUCGGGGUGCCGACCGGCGAGGUGGGCGUCAUGACGCACUAUCGCGCGCAGCUGGUUCUCCUCAAGGACCGGCUCAGGGGCCACGCCAGCGUCGAGAUGCACACGACGGACCGGUUCCAGGGCCGCGACAAAGAAGUGAUUGUGCUCAGCCUCGUGCGCAGCAACGAGGCCUGCAACAUUGGUGACCUGCUCAAGGACUGGCGCAGGAUCAACGUGGCGUUUACGCGGGCGAAGACUAAGCUCCUCGUCGUGGGCAGCAAGAGCACGCUCAAGCACGGCCGCGAGGACAACAUGCUGAGCAGGUUCAUCGCCCUCAUGGAGAGCCGCGACUGGGUGUACAACCUGCCCGCCGACGCCAUCAACAACCACCACUUUGAGGAGCUGUGCACGCCGGCGACGGCGGCGACCCAAAGGAUCAGCCCGGCCAAAAAGUCGCCCAAGAAAGCGGCUGCCACCCAGUGGGGCAAGGAGAACCGGCGGCCGUCGCCGAGGAAGGCGCGCAUUGGAGAGAAGCCGCUGCUCAAGGGCAAGCUGAUAACGAGGGACAUUCUCAACGAAAUGACAAACGGCGCAUAUCAGGAUAUUUAG